AUGUCUGGCCGUGGAAAAGGUGGCAAGGGUCUCGGCAAGGGUGGUGCUAAGCGUCACCGUAAGAUUCUCCGUGAUAACAUCCAGGGUAUCACGAAGCCUGCUAUCCGACGUCUUGCCCGUCGAGGUGGUGUCAAGCGUAUCUCCGGCCUCAUUUACGAGGAGACGAGAGGUGUGCUGAAGAUCUUCCUCGAGAACGUCAUCCGGGACUCUGUGACGUACACGGAGCACGCAAAACGGAAAACAGUGACCGCGCUGGAUGUGGUGUACGCACUGAAGCGGUCGGGGCGCACGCUGUACGGAUUUGGCGCAUAG